ACUUUAUAUCUAAAGUACAGAGCAGAAACUUAUCAGUAAAAAUCUGAAUUUCAGCAGAUAAGACUGUAAUACCUUAGAACGCCUGACAAGGAAGAAGUCCAAGGUGAAAAAAGGUAUCAACAUGACUUCGGACCUCAGUUUAUCUGGUUAGUCAAGUCCAUCCAUGAAAUAUUAAAAAAUGAUACUGAACAAUCCAGAAACACGUGCUCGCAUUAAGGCUCAAUUCGAGGGCCAUGACACGGCUCAGCAUGGUGAGAAAUGGGAUCAGCUUUGGAAAGACAAGGUCACUCCGUGGGAUAACGAAUCACCUAACCCGGCACUCAUUGAUAUACUAAAUGAGCGGGAAGAUCUUGUCUCAAAAAAAGCUGAUGGUUCAAGGAAGAAAGCUUUAGUCGCUGGAUGUGGUAAGGGUUAUGAUGUCCUGCUAUUGAGUGCUAUGGGCUAUGAUGCUUAUGGGCUUGAUAUUUCCCAGACAGGUCUGCAAGGUGCUAAAGAUACUGAGAAGGAGAAAGAUGGCAAGGGUUUGUAUGAACCUAAAGAUGGGAUCGAGAAAGGGAAAGUCACCUGGAUAGCCGGAGACUUCUUCAAAGAUGAUUUCUUGACAAUUGUAGAGGGAGAGAAAAGGUUUGAUUUGAUCUAUGAUUACACGGUAUGCAAUUCCUUAAAUCCCUUGGAUCAAGAUUACUAAACCUUGAAAAAGUUUGGUUGUGCAUUGCCUCCUGUUUUAAGGCCUGCAUGGUCCAAACGAUAUCAUGAACUUCUGUCCCCAGAAGGAAGACUUAUCUGUCUCGAAUUCCCUAGUACUAAAUCUCCAUCGAUUGGAGGUCCGCCAUGGGCCAUGCCUCCAAGAAUUUAUGAAGGUCAUUUAUCACGCCCCGGGGAAGUGUUGCCAUACACCGAAACCUGCGAGCUAGAAGUUGAAAAACUCGGCGCACCACACCAAAAUGGCCUUCAGCGUACUGCACACUUUCAUCCCAAGAGGACCAAUAGGGGUGGAUACGAUUCAGAUGGUAAAAUUACUGAUUGGGUCAGCGUUUGGACGCACUAGAUAGAUUCUGAUUAGAGUAGAGCUCGAACUUGAGCUUGAACUUGAGCUACUUCAGCUUUUUUGUAUUUUAUGGUGCUCUUCGAA